ACCGGAAGCAAAUACGAGCCACCGUAUGAGUGUUUCCUGUGACUAGCUCCCGAUGCUACACGCGGGAAAACAGGCGAAGCUGCUGAGCACUGUCACAAGCAUCAGUCAUCGCCUGUAGCCAAAAUGGGAGACACACUGGAGUUCAACGAGAUCUACCAGGAGGUUAAAGGCUCCUGGAAUGACGGACGGCUGCGUUUCAGCAAGCAGAAUGUGGUUUAUAAGAGCAGCAAGACGGGGAAGGUGGAUAGCAUCCCUGCCAGCGAGCUCAAUUUGGCCCAGUGGAGGCGGGUGUGCUUAGGCCAUGGCAUCAAACUUGGCACUAGCACGGGACACGUCUACAAAUAUGAUGGCUUCAGGGACACGGACUUGGAGAAGAUUUCAGAGUUUUUCAAGGCCAACUACAAGGUGGAGCUGACGGAGAAGGACAUGUGUGUGAAGGGCUGGAACUGGGGAACAGCCAAGUUUUCAGGGCCACUGUUAUCCUUUGAAGUCAAUGACAACACAGCGUUUGAGAUCCCACUGUCCAACGUUUCCCAGUGUGCCACAGGGAAGAACGAAGUCACUCUGGAGUUUCACCAGAAUGACGACACAGAAGUCUCCCUUAUGGAGGUCCGAUUCUACGUCCCACCCAGUCAGUCUGAUGAACGGCAAGACCCCGUGGAGGCAUUUGCCCAGAAUGUGUUAUCUAAGGCUGAUGUGAUCCAGGCUACAGGAGACGCUGUGUGUAUCUUCAAAGAGCUGCAGUGUCUUACACCCAGAGGAAGAUAUGACAUCCGUAUCUACCCGACAUUUCUUCACCUGCACGGUAAAACGUUCGACUACAAGAUUCCCUACACCACCGUCCUCCGUCUUUUCCUGCUGCCACACAAGGAUCAGAGGCAGAUGUUCUUUGUGAUCAGUCUGGAUCCUCCUAUCAAGCAGGGUCAGACACGUUAUCACUUUCUCAUUCUGCUCUUCUCCAAGGAAGAAGAUGUUAGCCUAACCCUCAACAUGAGCGAAGAAGAUGUGGAGCGUCGUUUUGAGGGUAAACUCAGUAAGUUCAUGUCAGGAUCUCUUUAUGAGAUGGUGAGCAGGGUGAUGAAGGCCUUGGUCAACCGUAAAAUCACAGUACCUGGAAACUUCCAAGGACACUCAGGAGCCCAGUGCAUCACCUGCUCUUACAAGGCAUCCUCAGGCCUCCUCUAUCCUUUGGAAAGGGGUUUCAUCUACGUCCACAAGCCCCCUGUUCACUUGCGCUUUGAAGAGAUCUCUUGUGUCAACUUUGCCAGAGGGACCACCACAACACGUUCUUUUGACUUUGAGAUUGAGACCAAGCAAGGGAACCAGUACACUUUUAGCAGCAUUGAGAGAGAGGAGUACGGCAAACUUUUUGACUUUGUUAAUGCUAAGAAGCUCAACAUCAAGAACAGAGGUUUCAAAGAGAAGAAGGGCAUGAAGGGCAACAUUGAUGAAUACAGCGACUCAGAUGAUGACCAACACGAUGCUUACUUGGAAAGGAUGAAGGCUGAGGGCAAGAUCAGGGAGGAGGGCAACGACAGCGACGAAUCAGACGGUGAAAGUGAUGAGUCUUUCAACCCUGGAGAGGAAGAUGAAGAGAUUGCAGAAGAGUAUGACAGCAAUGCCUCAGCAAGUGACAGCAGUGAAGGAGGAGAGGAGAGCGAAGAUGAGAGUGCAAAGAAGAAAAAGGCCAAAAAAGCCAAAGUGGUGAAGGAGAAAAAAGAGAGAAAGCCACGAAAAGAGAAGAAGCAGAAGGAUGCUGGGGGACCCAAGAGACCAAUGAGUGCGUAUAUGCUUUGGCUCAACUCCAGCCGUGAGCGAAUCAAGUCGGACAACCCCGGCAUCUCCAUCACAGAGAUCUCUAAGAAGGCGGGAGAGAUGUGGAGACAGCUGAGCAAAGAUGAGAAGCAGGAAUGGGAAGCAAAGGCAGGCGAGGCGAAAAAACAGUAUGAUAAAGCAAAGAAAGAAUACAAAGAGAGCGGAGGAGCAACUUCCAGCCCCAGGAAGGAGAGUAAAAAGUCUGGAGGCAAAAAGGACGACAAGAAAAGGAAGUCUGCCGGAGCAGACAAGGACAGGGAGCGGGGAGGAAACGACAGCUUCAAGAGCCGAGAGUUCAUCGAGACCAGCGAGGAGAGUUCAUCAGACUCUGACCACAAGAGCAAGUCCAAGAGGAAGAAGGAAUCAGACGAAGAGGAAGAAGAAGAGGCGGUGUCAACACCUGCAAGCUCCGAGGAAGACUCUGACUGAAGACACACACUUUUCCACCUCGUAUACACACACACACACCAAGGACCAAGCGUUUAUACUCUCUCUGCUGAUACCACACUGACGGACAAAUUAACAGACUUGAGUUGUAUUUGCUUCUUCGUGGUUCGUUUUAUGAGUACAAACACAUUUUUGUGACUGACUCUUCAACCAUGUAAUGAUAUUUGAGUAGUUUGAUGAUGAGCUGGCAUACCUUUUGGAAAUACUGAAGGGUUUUCCAUCAAACCAGUGGGCAUAUAUGUUUUAGUUACAUAGCGCGAUGAUUGCAGGGGUUGUUAGUUAGCAGAUGCAAAAUUUAUGUACGGGAAUUUCUUUGACUUUUCCAGUGUCAUGUUUUCAGGCCAAAAUAAAUAAAUGAAUCAUUUUCAAUAAAAA